AGAAAGGGUUUAGAAAAUUAUGGAAAGAAAAUGAAUAAAGAAAAAGAUAAACAAAGAAAGAAAAAAGAAUAAAAAUGCUUUUGAGUGAAACAAGUACAGAGUCAUUGUUACCACUACUUGUACAGGAGUAUCUCUGGGAACAAACUAGGAGUGCUUUACGAAGUGAUUUAGAACAUGGGAAAUAUGAAUCAGCAUGUACAGCUCUUGAGAGAAUGCUGGUAGAAUUUAAACUAAAAGAGAUUCAAAUUAGAUCUCUUGAUGUUUACAAUGCAAUGAAUUCAAUAUCACGAUGGACAUUUGUGAGAGGAGCAUUGCCUUAUGUUAUACACUGUUGUUCUAAUAUACUCCAGCAGAGAAUGAAGCGUCCAAAGCUUUGUCUUACUGACAAACUUUCACCUUCUGUAACAAAGCUCUUUGCUACCCUACACUGGAUUUUACUUGAAUCAGCUGAUCUUUUUCCUGAAGAUAAAACUUCAUUUUCUUUGCCAGUUGUUGAACUCUUUGUUCAAACGAUUGUACCUCAUAUGCAUAAUCUAUAUGAAUCUGAUUUAAUACUUAGUUUGCAAAGUGGAUUAAAUUUAUGGCCCGCAUUAUGGAAUCAUUGCUGCCCCCACGAGUGUUACUUUGCUGUACCAGUUGUUAGGGCAAAUACUGAAAAAACGAGUGAAAGUAAGGAAUCUACUUUAGAUGAAAAUGUUAUGAUUGCUACCUACUUUGAUGUGGCUGUUUUAAAGGUACUAUCUUUAGAUUCUUGGAAUCAACAAGGUUAUAGAUGGGGUAUUUUGUACCUGCAGCACUAUUUAAAAAAGUUGCUGCAUUGUAAUGGGCUUAAUUCUGAAAACUGCCCUGUUUUAGAUUUUUAUUUAAAAAUGCAGCCUAAAAAAAGUACAAUAUCCGUUGUAGGAUCUUCCCUCGAUCUUUUUUCAGCCUCUAAAAGUAUUCCUCAAAUAGAAAAAAAAUUCAAGAAUAUCAUAAUUAACGAAACAGUACCUGAAUCACUGAAAGGAUUUGUUACUCAAAAUGGUGAACUUUCUUGGGUGUUUAUAUUAGGAGUCUUAAAGAUUCUUUUUAAGAGAACUGAGUUAGUAUCAAUGUCUGUAAACAUAAUAUUCUUAGUAACAACUCUUUCAGAGCUUUUUUUACUGCAAGAUGAUAAAACUUAUAAUUCUCUAAUUAGCCAUCAUGGAUCAAUAUUACAGUGUUAUUUAGCUGUGUUUAAAAUGUUAGGAUGUGAGCGAGGUUGUCCGAAUAGUUUUCGUGGUCUACAAGAUUGUAAUUAUCGAUGUUUAUUGCACAGAUAUUUCCACAGAGUUCUCUUGUUUGACAAAAGUUUUUCUGCUUUGUAUUUUAAAAAGUAUAUUGAUUCUGAAAAACCAGAAGAUUUCAUUUCAUUUUUGCAUUCACUAAUUGGAUUUUGUGAAAUUGACAAUUCUAUUUCCGACCUUCUGUCUAAUUAUAAUGACAGAAAAGAUUUAGCUGCUGAUCAGUAUGAUGCAAUAAGCAAACCUGAGUACCUUGAAAUAAAAUAUUCAAAUGAAAAAUUGGUAUUUUCGUGGAUUGGAGUGCAGAUGUUCUUGAAACUAACUAAUGACUGGAACAAGAUUUUUGACUUAUUAAGUACUGAAUAUUUGAGUCUAGUUGUAAAGCUUACAAAAUUUGUACGAGUUAAAUAUCCUUUUAUUUAUCGCAAGAUUUUAUUGACUGGAUUACUUGCAUCUUUUGACAAAUCAAAGUUACAACCUGUAAAAAAUGUUAAUACACUCUCUGAUAUUUCUCUUGAGAUUUCAUCUCCAAUCCAAAAGUUAUGUGGUUCUACUAAAUCAGACGCAAAAAAAAUUAGAAAGAAGAAGCUAUGGCCGCAAAAAACCAUAGAUGAAUCUGAAUUUUCUAGUGGUAGCAAUUCUCCAUCUACAUCUUUGUCCCAGUUUAUUGGAAUUUCUGAUGUUAAUUCACCUAAAACAUCUCAAAGUGUUAAAUCUGACCAUUUUUCACUAACUAAAAUUGUUUAUGAUGAACUAGAUAACAAGCCGGUACUCCACCCUCAUCUUCAUAAAGGGAAGCUUUUAAAUAUAACUGGACUUCGCAAAGGUUUAAAUAAUCUCAGAACUCUAUUAGAACUUGGUGAGCCUGGUAGUGCCAUUGAUGAAGGGAUAAUUGCUGCUAUGCUAGAUUUGGAAGCGCCUGUUGUUUCAAGAGCUUGUUAUCUACUUGAGAUUGCGUAUUUUGUUCACUGCUGCAACCAUGAAAUAUGGCCUUUAUCUGUGACUAAACUUAUAAAAGGUUUUCCUUAUGGUAGUACGGCUGAGAUGCUAAAAUAUCAAGCUGGAAUUAUCUUUCACAAAUGGGGUGUUGCUAUUGGUAAAAAACUUGAGGAGCUACUAGUGCAAGAUCAGAAUGAUGAAUGUAUGCUUUCUGGUAGCAUAAAAAGUAAGGAUGACGUGGAACUUAUGUACCAAGGUCAAAUCUCAUUUGUUUCAUCAAACUGUCCUACAUCUUUGCGUUAUGUGUCGUGCUUAUUGUUACAUGAGAUUACAUCUUACUUACGUGAAACAUUUGUCACCAUUCCACCUAAUUAUGACUCACAUGCACUAUCAACACAAUGCAAUGCAGAAGAUGGCUCAACGAGUGGAUUGUUGAAAAAAAACUCUACUGCUUUGAAUUUAAGAAAGGGAAUUCAACGGCACAAAAGUUCUGCAACCCAUCUUUUGUCUUUGAAUGAAAUGGUAGUUGAUAAGAUACCACUUAGUCCUUCAUCAAACAAGAACGCACGAUCUAGUUUUAGUCAUUUACUUGGAGGAAGUCCUAAAAAUGUUCGAUCGUUUUCACGAAGGACAUCAUCACCAUCUUUUGAAAGGCAAUCAUUUCAUCGUUUUGCAACUGUAGUUGGUUCAGAGGAUAUCCAUUACUCUUGGUUAAACACAAUCCUAAAAAUGAAUAAAAGUGUUCACUCUUUAUGUAAACAUGGAGUUGAAGGUUGUCAUCAUGAUUGUUCUGUGCUUAAUGCUAAACUGUCAGUUCAAUUAGAAGAUGCUUUUCGAUGUGUAUAUGAUGGUUUUCAGCAUUCUAGAAAUGCAAGAAAUUCAUGGACAAACUAUUUCAAAGAAAAAGCUCAAUCACUAGCAGCAGCUCCAUUCCAAAUGUUAUGUAAAGGUAUUUUAGUGAUGGAUAAUCAACAACUUCAAGAAACAAUUACAGUGGCAUGGGAUAGAUUACUCUAUCCUGACCAGCACAUAAAAUCAGCAGCAGCCAGUUUGUUUUUGGUUUGCGCAAAUCGUUUGGGUAGUUAUGUAAGCAACUUUUUAUUGGAGCAGUUUUCAAUGAGCAAAGUUGAUCACAGAAUAAAGGCUAUACUUAGCUUUGGGGUACUGUGGAGCAACCAACAUCAAGUUUAUGAUAAUUUAGAAGAUUUAGCCAAAUUUUCACAAAAAAUACCUUUGUUGAAAGUUGAGUUUACUUUACCAAGUCGUCGUAUUGGUGAAGUACCAGAUAUUGUGCCAGAUGCUCCAUGGGUGCCAGCAACUUCUAACAACUUUUAUUGUGAUAUUUCUGAUGAUGAAGAUUACUUUAUGGAGAGUAAUAAACAAAGUGAAGCUGCACAAAACAAGAGAGCUGCAAAACUAAAAGGGUUGCGUGAAAAGUUUCUUAUGAGUACAGUUCCAUUUUCAUUUCAAUCGUCGCUAGAUUAUGAGAUUUUUCAAGAUGAAGAUGAAAAUGCACGCCAUCAAAUUCAACCUUUCUUUCCUGAGGCAAUGUGUUUGUCAAUGUACAGCCUUGUUAGAUUACUGGAUGAUACUUCAUUGAGUUUAACUUACAACCAAUCAGUUAGUUCUCUAGCUCGACAAAUUGUAUGGAGAUGUCUUGUUGACUAUCCUGAAACAUUUUUUCGAAAGUUUUUUGAUAAAAUUACGCGUCUUGACAAACAGGAUGAAAUAGUUUUGCUUCUGCGUAAAUUGCUGUUUCACUUUCCCAUGCUUCCUCCGAGUGCUGCUCAUUUGCUGUUAAAUAACUUGAUUGGUGUUAUAAUAUAUCAUAACCGAACAAAUAAGAAAAUGACCCAAGAAAGAAUUUUUAGUGUUAUGUCGUUAUUAUGGGAGGUUGUUCCCAGUGUGCCAGAAGUUCAUUUUACAACAAUGAAACCUAUUCUUAGAAGAGAGCAUGUUGAUAAUAUUAUCAUGAUGACAGCUAAUAUUGUUGGGACAAAGGAAAUCAUUGUUGCAAUGCCUAAUAAAAAAAAGUUUGAGGUGUCUGAGGACAUGACCUUUCAACAUUUAUUAAAUAUGUGCAAAGAAUCUUAUCCAACUUCUGACAGCUCUGAUCUAUGGCUUGUGGACAAGCAUUCGGGUCUUGUAAUGAAUAAAGAUGAUCGAAUUCGGGAUAUUUUCAUGUAUAAAAGAGGUCAUCCUUCACCAACAGUAAAGUUAGAAAAAGUUGAUAAACAACUUAUGUUCAGGAAGAGACAACAGCAGGCUCUUAUCAACAAACAACUUCAGAUAGUGCAGCUAGUUUUUGCUAAAUCUAUGUUUGAUGCUCUCCCAAAUAAAGAUAAAAAGAAAUCAGCAGUUUUUUUAUUUAACGAGUUAUGUCAGCAACCUACAUAUCCACGCAAAGUUAUUGAUAUUGAGUUUGAUCUAUGCAAUUUACACACAGAAGUAGGAAAGGCAAUAUUUGAUAUUGAUGUUGUGUAUAAAGAUUACUGGAUUAAGUUGAUAAGCAACAUUCUUGGUGUUUUAUCGGUUUCAACGACAUAUUGGGAAGACCCUGUUUAUUUAUUCAUUGAUCCAAUCAAUGGCGCAUUUCUUUUACAUGCUGAAGAUGUCCUCAUUUUAAGAUCAGUAUUGGCUGCUUAUAUUAACAUUGCGUUGAAUUAUUCAAAGAUGUUUGCAGUUAAUGGUUAUUUAGAAAUCCUUCCUACUAUUUUAAAAGUUUAUUCUUACCAAUCACACAAUGCUCUUGUCAAAGAUGCCAUUGAGUUUGCAGUAUCCCAAAUGUUUAUUAUUCAUCAGUGCCCUUUUAUUCUGCAGCUACUUGCAAGUGCUGCUCCAAUUGUGAUUGCAGAAGAUAUGGUUGAUGCCACCAAUGAUUCAUUAAAACAAGUUCCUGCGAGUUGUUUGUUUUCGCUAAUCGAGUCUUUAAAUAGAGAUGUGCUUGAUGUUUUGGAUGUAAUGGCUCUGGUUCCAGAAAGCAGAAAACCUCUUAAAUUAUCUGAGUACUGUAUUGAUGAUGAAGCCAAUAAUUCUUCAUGCAAAAUUGAUCUAUGUCUUCGACUUGCUCUCACAAUAAUCGCUUACAAAGCAGAAUCUUCCAGAGCAAUUCAAAUGAUGUUUGUUGUGUCUGUACUUUUGCCAUGUUAUUUAAAACACCUUCAGUUGACAACUUCCAGAUGUUCUGGGGAUAUUGAGCAAGCUAAGAAAAAUGAGAAAAGGCAAAUAAAAUCUUUAAUAACUUAUGUAUCGACAAUAAUUGAUCAAAAUACAUUUCUGUGCAACCCAUAUCAUGCUGAAAUUAAUGCUUCUUCUAAUCAGUCAAGUGAUGCAGGUGCAAUAAACACUAAUUUUGUGUGGAAUUCAUUUCGCUCAGCUAUAACAUCAUUUCGACAAAUGUUUAGUCAUGCUGAUAUUCUUGAAAAUGAAGAGCAUGCAAUCGAGAGAAUCUCAAAUAAUGGAGAAAAUCCAAUUGAGAUCAACCAAAUACAUUCAGAAGAAAGACGAUCUCUUGACAUGUAUUAUCAACCACGGACUGUGUUACUUACUCUUGCAUCUGACUUUAUUGUGAACUCUACUGACCAUUAUGCCCAACUGCAGCAUGACACAAAACAAGUAAUCAAGUCAGUUGUAGUUGAGGACCAAGCUAUGGUGUUGUUAGAUAUCGCUAACUCAAUGUUAAACUUAGUUUUAUAUGAUCAUGAUGUUUUAAUGAAUGUCGGGCUUGUUAAAUUUUUGUUGGAAGCUAUGCCAUUAAUCAAUUGGUCAGAGUAUUUGGUACCUUUUGGUUCAUUAGUGAAGAAAAUUAAUCAAACAUUUUUGAAAAUGUUAAAGCGACCAGAUUUGCUUAAAUUUGUCAAAUGGGAUGGGUUGGAGACUUUAAUAAAAGGAAUAUAUCUGUCUAUUAAAAGGCAAGAAAGUUUAGCGGCUGUUACUGAAAUAAAAUCACUUUUGCUCUCAUGCGUUCGAAUUAUUUCUGGUGAAAAUUUACCAAAUGAUGCUUUUAAUAUGAAAUCUCCUGUUUAUCUUAUGUUUUCUAAUACUGUUAUCAAAUUGGCAUCUCGGUUGCUUUUUAUUAGUCCAAAUGAUUUCAACUUGGAAAAGAAUUUUUCAACUUAUAUUCAAAACUGUGAAACAAAAAGACUCAAGCGAUUUUUAUUGAGCUGGAUAUUUCCAUUAUGCAUUCGAAUGGGUUCUGGUAGAUGUGAUUACCCUCAAAUGGCUUUAAAUGAUAUACAUUUUGUGUUAUCUAUUUUGAUGUCAGUAUUAACACCACUAAAAAAAGUUCCGAAUAGUCUACAUAUGGAGUUGAAUAAUCUUCUUAAUAUUUUUAAUCCGACAGAGCAAAGUUUAAAAAAAAAUUUUCUGGGGGUUUGCUUUCUUGGAUUUAAAAUAUUGUCUAUAAUCCACCCAAACUCAUUUAUAUUGAAAGAUCGAAAUUCAGUCCAAAAAGCAUUUGAGUCCUACUUGAACAAAUAUCAAGACUUUCUGAUAGUAUGGGAUUUCAUAGAAUUUACAAUCCAUCAUAAGACAGCUUUGUUUAUUCCACUCCUUCCUACUGUAAAAAAAAAGUUGGAAAAUGGAAGUACAACAGAUGAGUCUUUGCAAGAAGUGUUUAAGCGAAUACAAACUUUUUUAAAUAGUCCAAAGCCAACGCAGAGUCGUGGUGAAGUUUUAAAGCAACUUCUUAAAGAAUUAACUUCCUUUUCUGCUGAUUCUUCUGAUGAAGAAUUUGAAGAUAAGUCUAUUAAUAGCAAUAAGUUAUUAAAACAAGAAAAAUAUGCCAGUAACAGUGAGCAUCAAAGCACUAGUGAUUUUUAUGGAGCAAUAAAAAGUCCACCUGUGAUAAAGACAUCCAAAUAUCCAGAGGAUCAAAAGAAAACUCAAAAGGAAGUAAACAAAGCUUCCUUUUUAGAAAAGACAACCCCAAUUAAUCGUUUUACUAAUAUGUCAAGACAUACAAGACAAAAGAUUUUUAAACAACAAAAAAACACAGAUAAGAUUGAUGGUUCAGAAACUGAUGAUUCUGAUUCAUUGUUAUCAGUUGCUAUGUACUCUAAAUCAGUUGAUCAAAUUCAUUCACCAAAUUCAAUUUCGGAAUCCAAUGAUACUCUUCAAUCACCACCAUCAGUUUUAAGAAAUGAGUUCAAUGAUGAUCAUUUAACAUUCUCACGUUCACAUGUUCUCAAAAGAAAACAUUUACCUGAGCUUUCCAUAAACUUAGAUUUGCUUUACAAAAAAAAAGCAUCUGACGCAUAAAAGUGUUUUUGAGGAAAUUAUGAUUCUGAAGAAUAUAAACUCUGAAGACUAAGUGAAUAUGAACUCUGAAGUGAAUGCUGAUCAUUUUAUUAAAGUAGUUUUAGCAUAGUUAGAAAA